GCGGACCAAGAACACUGCUAGUGUAGAAUUUGUUUCACACGGCAGAAUGUUAUGUUACUUGUGAGUUGUGACCAUGGCUCCUUUGACUAUCAGAAAUCUAAAUUAAUGACAUCACAUGCAACCCCCCAAGCCCCACUGCAAUUUUAUACUUACAUGAUAUACAUGUACUUCUUGCUAUCUUACCAGAAUAUUAAAGAAACUAGGGGUAUCUUUUUUUUCUUCACUUGGUGCUGAAACGAAAGGAUUAUACUAUCACUGAAGCGUGCAAAUUAGUUCAUUCUUCACUUGUUUAUCUCUCAAGUGGAAGUGUUUUUCCUCACUCUUUCAUUUUAUUCCUCUCUUUAUGUUUCUUGUUUCUCUUUUCUGGGUUACAGCUCCUCUUCCCACCUCUACGCGUAUCAAAUUAUCUUGGUGCAAGGAGUCACUGCGGUAAGAAUAUAAUGGAUGACAAGCAAUUGAAUUUUUUCCGACCACUUCUAUCUGUGAGGCGGGUUCCAUCAACAUUGUCAUCAGAAAAGGGCGAGAAAAGAAAAACAGGCCAUUCUGAACCCAAAAUACCAACCCAUCCGUCAUACAAAUCAGAACUGAAAUCAGGUCCGAUAAGGAAUGCAGGAACUGUUCCUUUUGUUUGGGAACGAAGUCCAGGGAGACCGAAGGAUGACAACAUACCACAAAAGCUUGCUGGUGAAAGACCUCCGACUGCCCCCAAACUUCCACCUGGAAGAAUCUUGAGAACCACCAAAGAAGAAUCUGCUACAAAUCCCGAACAUCCUAGUCUUAGUAAGCGCCAUGGAGAAAUUCUGAAUGGAUCACUGAGGGUCUCAGUUCUGAAUGAAAUAGAAAGCUCUGAAGAUACUAUGGAAGUAGAGAGUUCUGUCUCAGGUGAUAAUGAUGAAGCAUAUAUGGAUGCUCUUGAUACCCUAUCAAGAGCUGAAUCAUCCUUCAUAAAUUGCAGUGUAAGUGGUGUAAGUGGAGCAGAUGUUUUGAACAUAAAUACUUCUGGAACCUUCUCUACAGAUCCACAUACUCGGGAUUUCAUGAUGGGUCGCUUCUUGCCAGCAGCCAGGGCAAUGGUUUCAGAAACACCUAAAUAUGCAUCAAAGAAGCAGCCUCUUGUUCGUGAGCAACCAAGACAAGUAAGGAAAGUCACAAGUGUGGAAAAUAGGUCUCCACUAAGGUAUGGGUCUAAUGAUAUAUCUCACUAUGCUCUGAAGAAGGAUGAAGAAAGUGACGACGACUACGAUGGACACACACAGUUUCCAGCUAAAAUUUGUGGAGUAUUACCAAGAUUUUUAUUAAAGAGUUCUCUUUGUUUAUUAAACCCAGUGCCAGGGACGGGCACAGGUGCAAGGUCCAUGAGGACAAGAGUACCCAUGUCUCCUGGUAGUAAAACGCAUGCUAGCUCUUCUUCUAAUGGAUCUUCCUGUGAAACUGAGAAUGAAGUACAACUGGACCCACUGAGUUGUCCAUUUAAUCCUAAAAAGAUAGAAGGAUCAUCCUUAUACAGGCGUUUGCAAGGUAGAGGCCUGCCAUAUGUCGUUAAUGAAGGAUCAUCUUUUUCAGAAACAAAAGAGUUUCGUACUGUUCCUGUCCAAGCAAAAGAUGCUGAAGUAACUGGUUAUCAUUUAAUCAAAAAAGAAGGCAGCACAUUUGAAAAUUUAUCAUCCGGACGAAGAAGCCAAGAGCAACCAGAAAUGGGGAGCCCUGUGGUUGAGAAAACUCUGCAUGUAGACAUUAUACAUAAGGUGGAAUCACCUGAUCUAUUUUCAUAUGAUUCUAUCACGAAAGAGGAAGGUGCUUGGAGUGAUCAUUUAAAAUGGAAAGAUAUGGAAACUGCCUCAGAUAAUGGUUCACUCAAAGUGCCUCAGAAUCAGAAUGUUGAAGAUGAGGAAGAAAAUUUAAAGAUCUUCCCUGAAGUUGUUGAUCGCAGUGCACAAUCUGUACCUGAUAAAUCAGAUCAGGUUUGGGUAUCUGAGCAAAAUAAGGAACUCCCUGAUUUAGGUAUAUCUCCAAAAGCAGCAGCUCAGAAUGUGAGAGAAACUUUUGAAAUUCCGGAGCCUCUUGAAGCAAAAGAUAUUGAAAAAUCUAGUGGAAGCCUAGAGUUCCCUGUUCCACCGCCUCUCCCAAAAUCUCCAUCAGAUUCUUGGCUUUGGCGUACUUUGCCUUCCAAGUCAUCAAGGACUCUAGCCUCACGAUCAAAUUUAGGUACACCUGGAAACCAGGCUUCAACGACACAUGCCAAGUUAAGGACAUGAGAUGGUUGGAACUUGGAACUAAUCGAUGGCAAUACAAAAAUCUACAACCUACGGAGGUACAUGGUAAUAUAUACAUGCUCAUUCUUAUUGCAAGUCUGAGUUGCAUUUAUACCAUCUCCUUUCUUGCUAGGAACUAUCACUGCCUGUAUCAGGCAUUUAGACACUAAGCAAGAUGCUAUCUAUAUCAGACACGGAGUAGGAGGCCGGCCUUUAUUUUAGCUUUGCAAACAUCUUUUAGCUGAAUGCCAGCGGCCAGAGAUAUCCAAAGGGGGUUAAGUAAAUAUUUUGGUCUUCUUUUCAGGUGCUUGGGCUUUAGAUUUCUGGGGGACAAUAAUAGGAUGGUAAAGAUAAAUUUUGAUUCCCCUAUUGUAAUUACAACAGGUAAACAUAAUAAAGUCUUGCAAAGGUCAAGAUGUAACUGAAAAUGUAUCUUCACGCAUAAAGGCGAGUAUAAUGGUGUAAUGUCCCAUACUUUCUAGUGGAAAAUGCCAGUUAUGUUUCGUUUGG